UGCAUUUAGUUAUUGCGGAGGAGUGAAUAGCAAGUGGUGAUUGCGUAAAUUGGGGUUAGGUUGUCGCAGUCUGUGGAAAUAGUAGACAUCCCGCAGCGAAGAAAACAGGGAGCGAAUUUCAGUGCUAGGUCGUCAUCAAUGUGGUCGACAUCUGCGAGAACCCACCAUUUUUCCGCAAUGAACACUCGCAACAGAAAAACAUUUGUGUCUUCCAUUCUUCUCGCGAAUGUUAUUUAUGUCCUAGUAGUUUCCAUGUUUAGCGUUCGUCUGUUUUUUUUUUACGCUUUAUUAACAUGCACAAUGAAUUGGUAAAGUAAGAGAAGCAAUUCAAAAGCACACAAUUGUUGUAUUUACUGAGGAUUUUCGAGAGAGUGAUGUGGAAAGUGAUUUAGAUAAUUUUUGAAAUGAUAUUUGGAAACAGAUGUUUGGAGGAAUCAUUAUCUAGGAUUUAUAAUAUAUAUACUUAUGUGCAUAUUAUUUUAUUAAUGAUAUAUAUAAUAAAAUUAAAUAGCAUUGGGAUUAUUCGUUCGAAUUUUAAGAUAUUUUUUAAUAAGAUGUAAAUUUAGAAAGUGUAAAUUCUUUUUGUAUUUAAAAAAUUUUUUAGUCUGCCAUAAAAAUUACAUAUAUUCAACUUCCGUUGGUUUGAAUUUCAAAGACGACACCAAAUCGAAUUCUAGACUGACCUUUUACACAUUGUGCACGUUCUCCAAUUUCCCGGAUACCAAUACGCAUAUUUAAAGAAACUGUUUUCCUUUUUCUGUGAUAUCGACGGAAUCCCGCAAUGAGACUGGCGCCGACCUCCCUCGACGAGAGAUCUUUAGGAUGUCAAAAGAUUCGCAGAAGGUGAAAGAAAAUGAAAUAAGAAGGAAGAUGAAUCGAAGAUUGGAGUGUGAAAUACAAAGAGACACGUAUAAAAAGUUCAAGUGGUUGCACAUGAGGAACGAAGCUUUUCGGUUACCUACGUCAACGAUUGGAGUCUCUUCUUUCUCGUUGGCAUAUACGAAAACCGAGGAAAACUCGUAAAUUUUCUAGGAAAAGAUCUGCAAUAAGAGACUGGCGCCAAACAAAUUUCAAGAUAGUGGAGAAAGCAAUUGGUCAAGUGGUUGACUGCUAGUCUGGUCGCAGAAACUUCUUGACAGACGUUGAGACGUUGUCAAAGGCAGACGCCGCGCGAUCGACCACUUCUAAGGACGACUAAUUUCUUCCCUUUGAUGCCAGGCGGUCGAUUACCACCGCUCUUCCCUGAGAACCACGCAUUUCAGGAACAAUUUUUCGAUCGGAUCAAUUUUCAAUUGUUUUUAAUCGUUUUCAAUUGUUUACAUUGCAUUAAUAGCAAUAUAAAUAUAUCAAUUCAAUAUGGACUUCCAUCAUAAUUUUAUUUAUGCAUAUAAGAUAACCUAUGUAAAAAAAAAUACCAAACUAAAAGAAAACUAAAUUAAACUAAAUUAAAUUAAAUUAAAACGCUAUAAAAAUUUUUCAAUAAAUAUUAAAUUAUUCACAUUGGCAAAAUAAUGGCAAAUUCUACAUAUUCACGAAUCAAAUGAAAUUUUUCAAUUUGUUCCUUAUAUAUUUACAGAAAUAAAAGAAAAAUGCAUAUGUCAAUGAUUCACAUAUGCAUUCAUAUGUAGGUUAUGCGCGCUGCGGUUUCCCACAAACGAGGAUAGAUUAGAGGAUGAUUAAAAGGUGUUCUGGAUUGCGUUCCAGCAGCGCAAAAGCUGCCGGCGUUUUGAUGCGAUGCGUGUGUCCCUUUGCCACUUUUACACCCUCGAGCCAAGCAGCAGGCAUCGAAUUGGACGACCAAGGGGCUAAUACGAGACCCUUCCAGUCCGUGGUUGGAAGCUGCUUUCUCCCACUUCUCUGCCAUGCGACGCACGCUCCCUUUUUUUAUCCUCCGAGUGGAGUUGUCGCGAUUAUUUCUUAAAUAGAUAUAUAUUGCAGCUAAGUGACUUCCGGCGAUAACGAAAAUCGAAAGGUGGAAUGUCGAUUAGGAAUAUCAUGUAUGACCGAUAUUCACAGUAACUCGUUGUCGAAGGGACGCAAUCCUUGAUCUGGGUUAAUAAAAAUUCGAACGGUAUCAUAUUUCAAGAAACACCGACGGAAGAUUCUCCUUGUCCGAAAUUGCCUCGAAUCCUUUGACUUCCACGUACAGCAGCAAAGGGCGCACGCUACCGAAAAAGAUCUUCGUUCCCGGAAAAUCGCCUUUAAAUCAUCUUUAUCGUCGUAAACUUCACUUUGAACCGCUCAUCUGUGAAAUCGAUCGAAAAAACAUUCAUAAUUUUCCUUCUGAAUCGAAAGAAGAAAAUACUAACGAUAUAAAAAUAUACACGCUAUUAUUUAUUUAUUUUUUUUUUUAUCCAUCAAAAUUUUUAUUUUUACACAGUUACAAUGAUUCCAAUGGUUCCAAUGGCAAAGAUAGGAUAGGGAAUUUAAUUGUCCAAGUUCGUUUUCGCGUUUCUUUCGAUCAAAAUAAUCGAGGCAUCGCCCUCGAAGUGAGGUUAAGUCCACUUUUAAUCCCGCAGAUAACAUCGGCCGCGGUUCUCAAUCACAGAUAAGAAUGUUAAUUUGCUCGACAUUGAGUCGCGCGAGUAAAGGUCGGUAAAAAAGUGGAGCGAUGACGCGUUGACGGUAACGCACGCUGACAGAGGGGGCUUUUUGCCAUCCGAAGAAGAGUCAGCCCUGGGAAAAAGACAGAUAAGGCUACUUAAAGUAGCGCCAAGCCAUAGAACAGAAUCGUGCGCUGACCGAUACUAUUUUCAGUCCUUUUUGCCACUAAUUACGACGACUUUUAUCAAAAACCACUCGAGCAUCCCCCCACUCUGUUACGGCACUUAAAAUUAAAAGUCUAUCACCGAAAAUUUUAAAAUAGAAUGUACUUGGAUGAAAUUCGUGGAAAUAUAUUUAUCGAAGACGGAUAUGUCCAAUUUUCUCUGACGUUUAAUUAUAGAUACAAGGUAUGUUCGUAAGAUUUCACUUGGAUAAUGGACGCCCAUUUUUUUUUUUUUUUGAUCUUUAACAAAUAAUUACAAAUUAAAAUCCGUUCGAGCAAAUUGAUUCAUUUCUAAAUAUAUAUAUAAUGAAAUUGACAUUAACAUACCUUGUUAAUAAUACCUUGUUGUUUAUAUUUCGUGUAUUUUUUUUUAAUCAUAACAAUUUUCAAUUGCGAAUUUAUCGAAGUCUUAGUGUAUUAUAUUUAUAUUGAUCAUCGCCCAACGAGAAAAGAAAAUCAAGAAAAAACGAAGUAAAAGAAUUAUUAUCGCGUGACUAAUAUAUUUCAUAUCAUGAUACACAGUGGAUCCUCUCCAUUCCUUAGCUAAAUCAUAUUCCCCCGGUUUUGGCCAAUUCCCCUGUUCAAUUUCCUAAUUGAAUCGAACGAGGUACGCCGCAUGGGCGUAGACCAGCCUGGACUCCGCCCUUCGAUUCCACUCGUCGAGCUUCCACGAGCUUUAACGUUCUCCUCUCCUGGAGCCUGCGUCUACACCCACCAGCGGCGUGCUCGAGUACCAAACAGAAUCACCCAACCACUAGAGGUGAUCUCCGAAAUCGGCUUUCUUUUCUCAGUGGCAUUUGGACCGCAUCUCGAAACGCAUCGAUCACGAGGGAGCAUCGAGGCGCGGUAUAACACGUUCCAACCCCUCGUGUUUCGUGCUCCAUGAAACCGGAAAUAUUUUCACUAAUUUCACUUUCAUUUCCGCGCUGCUUCUGUGAUUCUAUUCUGUGAAGACAAACGUAAUAGAAAAUCGUCAGAUUUCGUUUAAGCUAUCGAGUUUUGUGAAUUUUUGGUGAAGAACAGCUUUCCUCGGAUGAAGGAAUUGUGAAAGGAAUUGUGAGAAAAUUGGGAUCGAAUUGGUUUCAUUGUGGUGAAAUCACGAUUUAAUCGGAUUAAUAUCGCUAUUAAUAUUCGUGAACGUAUUGAAUUAUAUUCAGAAUGGUCUUGUUAUAUUGAUUAUUUUAUGGAGUAUAUUUCGUGGAGUUACAAUUAAUCGAAGAUAUUUUUUUUACUUCGUCACGACUUGUUAAAAAUCGUUACACGCCUAUUUUUGCACAAUCAUCAAAUUUAUCAUCGUUACCAUGUUCAUUGUCAGAGAUAUUAUCAUCAUCUAUUACGCAGUUUGGAAUUUAUAAUAUAUAUGAUGAUGAAGUAAAGGAGCGAAGACAUUUGAAGAAAUUAUCAUUAUACGUCUAUUUUGUGGAUAAAAUUAUUAUUAAUUAAAAAUUUCCUCUAUUGGAAUUGGAUAUAAUUUAUCAAGAAAUCCUUGUCAGAAUUACGAUUAAUUGAAAUUUUCUUCAAUUUUCUCGAUACGAAUCUGUGAUGACUUAAUAAGGAUCUGUUAUUAAACGGAAAUUAAAACUUUUUAAAAAGAUUGAAUUUUGUUGUGGACGUAUUUGAAUCAGUUGAUUUGUGUUGCAAGAAAAAAAGUGAAAAAAGUAGAAGGAAUUUAAUAUGAUGUUGGGAAGCUACGAGGCGCAGCCGGAUUACUAUCCGCAAUGGCAUCAACCCUAUAAUUAUGUUACACAAUUACCGUAUGGUCCGUUGAACAUGCCAGAUGCGGAUAGCCAAUCGACGUACUGGGGCGCGGAUUCCGGGAUUUCUGGGGGUAGUUCUGGCGCAGGAAGUCCCACCGCCUCAACACCUCCCUUGAUCGAAGAGAUUGGUGUCCAGGAACCCAGUUACUCCCCUCUACAACAAUACCCGCAAACUUCGAUGAACCAACACUAUUCCAAUUUAACUUAUCCACCCCAACAAGACGUCCCUCAUCAUCAUUUUCACCAUCAUCAUAAUCAUCAUAAUCAUCAUCAACAAAAUCAUAGAAGAGAUAGCGAUUAUUCCACGGUCUCUUCGAUAAACCAAGUCGAUGGCUCGCUUCAACAACAUCUUAGACAAGGAAUCAGAGACAGUGGCGUAGUUGUCAGGCCUAAAAGAAGAAAUACAGCAAACAAGAAAGAAAGAAGACGAACACAGAGCAUAAAUAACGCGUUUGCCGACCUUCGUGAUUGUAUACCGAAUGUACCGGCAGAUACGAAGUUAUCGAAAAUUAAGACGUUGAGACUAGCAGCUUCGUAUAUUGGAUACUUGAUGGCGGUAUUGGAGAGUGACGAGGGAGAGGAACCGCAAACUUUUCGCGCUGAAAUUUUGUCCAAUGGCAGGAGAAACAAGACGGUUCAAGCAAAUCAGAAUGAAUCGUAUUUACACCAAACAGGUGUAGGAACCGAGGAAUCAUCAAAAAGCAAAGGACGAACUGGUUGGCCGCAGCAUAUGUGGGCCCUCGAAUUGAAGCAGGAAUCGCCUACGAACCAGAUGCAAUAAAAUUACUGAUCUCUAUCUAUUUUUGACGCAGUGGCUUCUGUUCUACUGUGAUUAUCAAGAAACGAAUCAAAUGUAAGGUUAGAUCAGUUGGUAGCGAGCCAGGAAAUUUCAGAAUAAUUUUCGAUUAUUCUUGACUUUUCCUAGCUAUUUAUUAGAUAUUUAAAAAAUUUUUUUCAUCUUUCAAUCAACGAAAUAUUAUAUAAUAAGCUAAAAUUAAUUUAUUUACAUAAAAUAUAAAAUAUAAAAUAAGAUUAAUUAGUGCAAAAAUUGAAACAAAUAGAAUUAACCCUGUAAUACUAUAUCUAAAUACAUAAUUCUGAUAACAUUAUAUUUUUAAAUUCUUAUAAUAAGUAUUCUUGUGAAAAUAAAUAAAAAUAGAAUUUAAGUGAUCAAAAAAAAUUUUAUUAAUAAAAAAAAUCAAUUUCAAUAAAUUCAAAUUUAUUAUCGAAUAAUCUUUAUCUUUUGCAUGAUAAAUAAUUACCAAGAUAUUCAGAUUUAUAUUGUAUUUCAGGGUUAAUAAAAUAGUCUGAUAUUGUGUUAAUUUAAAUAUUUUUGACACAAGUAUGAGAGAGUAAAAAAAAGAUAAAUUUGUUAUGUCUUUAUAUUUGUUUUUUUCCUCUUUUUUUAAAUUCAUUUUAUUUGAACAUCUUUCACAUUUUUCAAUUACUUUUAAUUUAUUACAGUAAACAAUUAUAAAUUCGUUAUAAAUUGAGUAGAAUCUUUUAAUCUUCUCUCACAAUCAAAAGUAGUAGAUCAUUGUUUUUGUUUAAACAAGAAAACGUUGAUAAGUCUGUUGUAAAAUACAAGCGAUCGUUUGUAAAUACGCGUCUGUGAGUAUAGAUUAUGCGUGUAAAUAGAAGUAUCUGAUUUCUUAUUUCAUAAUAAUUUACAUCGGCCCUUUAUUAUUUGUCUACAUCUUCAUUGAAUUUCUUAUAAUUUAAAGAUCACACAUUUAAUAGUUCCUUCUUUAUUUUUUAAAAAAUUUUAUUUCUUUUAUUGUUAUAAAUUUAUAUAAUUCAUAUAAUUCAAUUUAUUUUCAAUUUUAUAUAAUUCAUUAUAUAAUUUUCAAAUCAAUUGUGAACUUGAUCAUGAAAGAUUUAAAAAAAAGAAGAUUCAAUUUAAUUAAUAACAUUAUCUUAUAGCAAAACAAGAUUAAUGAAGUUUAUCAAGAAUUAAUAAAUCGAUGAAAAAUGUAAUAAAAUGUAAUAUACGCUCAAUUGAAAGUUGUAUCAUGUCUAAAUAUAUUCUACUCUAUAGAUCUAAGCAAAAUGAUCGGUUUAAGAUGCUUGUAAACUUUUGUAUAAACUACUUAUCUUAGCGAUGUAUAAAAAGUCACUAGUAAUAAAUAGAAUACACGAUAA